GAAUGAAAAUGUCACAACCUCUGUUUGUGUGCGUGAGUGGUGGGUGUCGUUUGUUUGUGUGUAUUCAAAAAGUAGACAUAACUGCAAGCUAUUUCUACAAAAAUUUCAUUUAGAUGAAACAAAAUCUGCAUUUCAAACUAGUGUUGAGGAAUUUGCUAUUUCAGAAGCUACAAUUCGUUUUACAGGACAGACAAGAUGUCUACAAUAAUAAAGUGCACCAGUGAUUGUAUAAUAAACAAUCUGUUCAAAUCAAUUGUGGCCAGAGGAAUAUCCCCUCCAUCAAGAAGUCUCUCUUCGAAACAAGUUAUAGAAAAUGAGAAGAAGUUUCAUGCUAACAAUUAUGAACCAGUGCCUAUUGUCAUAUCCAAAGGGAAAGGAGUUGAUGUAUGGGACGUAGACGGCAAACAAUACCUGGAUUUUCUGGGUGGAUUUGCCACCCUCAAUCAAGGCCAUUGUCAUCCUCGCAUUCUGAAAGCAUUGAUGGACCAGGCCAGUAAAUUACAUCACACUUCCCGCUCGCAUUACAACGAUGUGCUAUGGGAGUUCUCAGAGCAUAUCACAAAGCUUACGGGAUUUGAUAAAGUGCUGGCUAUGAAUACAGGUGUUGAAGGUGGUGAAACGGCAGUGAAGCUAGCUCGACUGUGGGGUUACAAGAAGAAGAGAAUUGCAGCCAAUGAGGCGAUUGUGCUGUUCGCUCGCGGCAACUUCUGGGGUCGCACCCUGGCUGCCAUCUCCAGUUCGGUGGACCCCUGGAUGUAUGAGAACUUCGGCCCUUACAUGCCCAACUUGAAUCUGGUCGACUACAAUGAUUUGGAGGAUUUGGAGAAAGCCCUACAAAACCCGAACGUGUGCGCGUUCAUGGUGGAGCCCGUCCAGGGCGAGGCCGGAGUUGUCGUUCCGGAUGCAGCGUACCUGACGGGCGUGAGACGGCUCUGCUCCAAGUACAACGUGCUGUGGAUCGACGACGAAGUGCAGGCCGGGUUGGGGCGCACCGGGCGCCUCUUCUGUCACCAGCACUACGAGAAUGCCCGGCCUGACGUCAUGGUACUCGGCAAGGCGCUGGCUGGAGGCGUAUAUCCGGUAUCAGCAGUGGUAGCUGACUCAGACGUGAUAGACUGCUUCACUCCGGGCACCCACGGCUCGACGUUCGGCGGGAAUCCACUGGGCUGCAAGGUGGCCAUCACUGCUGUUGACGUCAUCACUGAGGAGGGUCUGGUCGACAAUGCUGACAAGAUGGGACAGGUAUUCAGGGACGAGUUGGAGCGAUCUCUGCCCAAAGAGAAGGUGUCGCUGGUGCGAGGCAUGGGUCUUCUUAAUGCUAUUGCACUCAAUACAGAUUUUUGUUCUCCGUGGGACUUCUGUAUCAAGCUGAGAGACAACGGCCUUGUGACUCGUCCUUGCAAAGCGAAUAUCAUCAGAUUUGCUCCUCCACUGAUCAUCAAUCAAUCACAGCUCAAUCAAGGACUGGAAAUCAUUGUGAAAACUGUGAAUGAAUUGUAAAUUUCUACAGAUUUGAAUAGGCCUAAACAAUGGAAUAUGUUUUACUACAAAAACGUUUAUAGUUAUUACUACCUGUUUGAUAUAACUUGAUCGGUAUAACUUAAGUGAUGGUAACUUAAAACCUACAAUUUAAUUUGGACUGUUGUGAAAAUUUGAGAAGGGACAGUUUUGGGCAUAAGCCUGUUGUGCCUUCUCACAUAAGUGUAAUAAUUUUAUGUAGGCCUACAUGACUGAUAAUAAAAUAUGAAUAACAUGUUAGUAGCCUUACACUGUUACACUUGUCCAGUACAAGAGCUUUAUAGCUUAUUCAGUAAACUGUAUGAAAAGGAUAUCAAAUUUAGUACAGGCAGUAGCUUA